CCCGCCUCCCCCUCUCAUUGCAUCCCCAUGGCCCAGAUACGACAGGACGAGCAACAACUCACGGUCAUGCAGAAGGCGUCCAUGGCCGAUGUCGCCGUACCACCACUGCUGCAGCAGGGUGUGCCGAUGACAAAGGUUUCUGCCACGAAACAGAAGACGUACCUCUUCAAGUUGGACCCUGAUAUCGGUCAGAUCGUGUGGGAGUCGAAGAAGCAUAGAAUCAUUCCAAUCGAGAACAUCAAAGAGCUCCGGUUCGGUGCCGAGGCGCGGUACUACAGGCAGCAGUUCCAGCUUGCCGAGCAGUACGAAGAUCGGUGGAUUACCAUUGUGUACACCCUCGACGCGGAGUACAAGACCCUCCACCUGAUCGCGUCAACAUUCGAUGUUUUCCAAAUGUGGCAUCUCACCCUUCGCAAACUCUAUGCGAUACGUCAAGAGCUUAUGAGCGGCCCGGGGAACGUCGAGAUGCGCGAGGCUUUGUGGGAGAAGCAGUGUUGGAAGGGCGGGGAGAGCCAGGAGCAGCUUAGCUUCGACGAGGUCGAGAAGCUCUGCCGAAGGUUGAACAUCAACUCGUCUGCGGACGACCUUUUGACGUUCUUUGUGAAAGCAGACUCUCGCAAGCGCGGUUAUCUCGACUUUAGCGAUUUCCAGCAUUUCGUCCAGCUCUUGAAGGCCCGACCCGAGGUCGAAGCUCUCUACAAACGGCUUGCCUCUGCCAUGAAUGGACUCUUUACCUUUGAUAUCUUCCAGUCGUUCAUGCGAAACAGCCAAAAGAGUAAGCUCUCCGACAACGAGCUACGUCAGAUCUUCAUCAAGUACGCCUCGAGGGCAGACAGCCAGACGCCUGCUCAAGCACACGCGGCAGCUAGCUCCACAUCAACGCUACCGAUCCCUGCCCAGACGACACCCGCUCCGGAGCGCUCAUCUACGGAACCAUCCUUGCAAGCUGUAUCCGGAUCAACGUCGUCCACUCAGGCUGCCCCUGCCUCAUCCUCUGCACCGGGUCUAUCGUCAUCUAAGCCCUCUGCAUCAGCUCCAACGGCUCCAGCUCCGCCUUCCCCAGCGCCUCAACAUAAGGCUUCCACCAUCCCGGCGCCGUCUACAGUCCCUUCAUCCUCCUCAACAUCUGGCCCUAAUUCAGCUUCGGUACCGUCUGGCGCCUCUUCUUCGGACGCACCAGCUACAUUACCACCUGCCUCUUCCGUACCUGAAGUCGACGGCUCUGAUGUGCUCACGCUAAAGGGAUUCACCUCCUUCCUCAUGUCUGUCGACAACGCCGCUUUCUCAGACCAGCUGUCGAAGGUCUACCAGGACAUGACACGGCCGUUCUCGGAGUACCUAGUCUCCUCGUCACACAACACCUAUCUUGUCGGGAACCAACUCGUCGGCGUAAGUACCAUCGAGGGGUAUAUCCGCGCCUUGCUGCAUAGCUGCCGGAGCGUCGAAAUCGACGUCUACGAUGGCGACAACGAGCCGCAGAUCUUCCACGGCAAGACGCUCACGUCCAAGGUCGGGCUCCGCGAGGUGUGCGAGGCGAUCAAAAAGUACGCGUUCGUUACUUCGCCGUACCCGAUCAUCAUCUCCGCCGAGGUGCACUGCUCGCUGCCCCAGCAGGACAAGAUGGCGGCGAUCAUGCGGGAUGUGUUUGGCGAUACGCUCGUGACAGCUCCCGUGGAGGGGAGGCCGAAGAUCGAGCAGCUGCCGAGUCCGGAGGAUCUGAAAGGGAGGAUAUUGUUGAAGACAAAGGGCGCGUUUCCGUCCGAGAAUGAGGCCGCUAUCCAAGUCCAAGCGGUCGAAGUGGACUCCUCUUCCACGGAGACAUCGGCGUCAGAUUCGGAUAUGAUCCACGAGCUCCGGGACGAACUCAAGACCGAGUGGAAGAAAGCUCGUGACAAGGACCACGAGGCAAUGAAAGAGCUCAAGGACGAGCUCCGAAAAGCACGCGGCAUGUUCAACCGCGUACGCGGGAAGAACAACAACUCUAUCUCGGCGCUCGUUGGGACAGGCGUAGCAGCCGCAGCGCCAGGUUCUCAAAGAGCCGGGCAAAUCCACCGUCGGCUCUCGUCGAGCUCUUCGUCGUCCUCGGCGGCAUCUGAAAAGCCACCCAAGCCGAAGAUCUCACUCGAGAUUACGGCCCUGUUGGUGUAUACCGUCGGUGUGAAGUGCCGGGGGUUGAACAAGAAGGAGCACUACGAGCCGGCGCACAUGUUCUCGCUUUCUGAAAGCACGGCGAACAAGAUGGUGAAGAGCGGCUCGGGGCACGAUCUUGUGAAGCACUGCAAGGGGCACGCCGUGAGGGUGUAUCCGAAGGGCACGCGGCUGAAGUCGACCAACUACGAGCCCCACCGGUUCUGGGCUACUGGGUGCCAGCUCGUUGCCAUCAACUGGCAAACAUUUGACAUGGGCUACAUGAUCAACCACGCCAUGUUCCAGCGCAACGGACGAGCGGGCUACGUGCUCAAGCCUCCAGCUUUGAGGUCGGCCGACAAGGAGCAACUGGCCCAGCGCACUAAACGCGUCCUAGAAGUCACUAUUAUCUCAGCCCAACAGCUUCCUCGCCGACGCGACUCCUCCGGACGCGAGGUGACAGACAAGGACAAAGGCCGCAUCGACCCCUACGUUGAAGUAUCCGUGCACGUCCCCGAGUGGGCGCACACCUCCGUCAAAUCAUCCUCGUCGUCAUCCUCGUCCGUGAAAACGCCAUCGAAGCUGGCGGCGGCGUCGGAUUCGUCGCUAGGUCUCGACAAGCUUGACAAGGUCGCGAGCGUGGGGCAGCAGCUGAAUACGGUGCGCACGAGCGUCGUCAAGAACAACGGGUUUAACCCGCUCUGGAACGAGGUGCUGCGUGUGCCGUUCGAGGUUGUCGGCGGGAUGGAGGACCUCGUCUUUGUCAAGUUUGCGGUCAAGUCGGAGAGGGGGGAGGAUAACGACGACCAUGUCGCUCUGUAUUGCGUCAGUCUUGGGAGCCUCGAGCAGGGGUACCGUCAUCUCCCGCUGCACGAUGCUCAGCUCUCACAGUUCUUGUUCUCAACACUGUUCGUUCAUAUCAAUGUGCGCGACGCCUAGAAGCAACGCGCGGAGAUAUCCAUACCCACUCCAUUUGGUCGGAAAUGCAUUACUUUGUAGGAUUUCGCAUUCGCAUUCAUCGCAUGCACGGAACGGAAAGCAACUUGUACAUUUGGUGUUUCAUUAGUAUCUAUUACAUGAGAACAAAGGGGAAGCUUGGUUUGCAUAUACAAUGUUUUACUAGGAGAUCAAUACAUGGGAAAUAGACGGGAUGCGAUAUAGCGACAGCAGACACGAAAGCAAUAACGAUAGCAAGAACAGAGAGGUGAUGUGAUGACUAGACUUCAGAGCGUGCAGCAAUUACUGUGGAGGCGGAGUGGGAGGGCCAAAGAGACCCGCUCGAGGCGCAGGAGACCCGGCCUCCGGAGGCGGAAUACCGGGCAAGGGACCCAGCAUCGGAUCCGGUCGCCACUGCAUCCACGCGGGCGUCUGCGGUGCAGGCGCGUGCAUGUGCGGCGGCAUCGGCGCGGGUGGAUGCGCCGGCGAGGGCCUGUGUGAGGGGGCGGGAGACUGCGGUCGUGGGGCUGGGAGGGCUCGUUGUCUGCGUCCGCCUGCUUUGUGCACGGUGCGCCAGGCGGGGCGAGCGACGACGGGGGGUUCGUCGUCGGAUUGGGUGCCGGCGUGGGAGGAGGGGGGCGGUGGGGCUUCGAUGGAUGGUGGGGAUGGGGUGCUGGUGUAAGAUGAUCGCCAGUCGCCGUGGCCGUAGUCGCCGCUCGACCCGUGUCUCGAUUUCAUGGCCAUGAGUUCUGCGAUCUCGUACUGCAGCUGCCUGCGUUCAUCUCGUAGUUGUCCGACCUCCGCAAGCAGGACGCGCAUCUCACCCGCAAGUGCUUUGCUAAAGUCGUUGAUAUACUUGGGUGCCGCCCCGUUAUACGGGCCUGUCCUUUGAUUCUGGUUCGACAUACUUGCGAAUAAGGGCCUUUGUGGGUAUCAGGAGAGGGUAUCGUCAACAGCUUGUGAGCUGCGCAGUUCAAGUUGACUUUAGACCCGGGCCCUAGAUGGCAGUGGGUGUGAAGAUAAUGAACAAAACGUGCUCCGUGGCGGUGGGCGGAGGGAAACCAGACACGAGGUGCGGCGAAUCAGCAGAUAGCAGAGUCAAGUGACGAUAGCCAACUUCUGUGCGAAUUAACACCUCUAAGAAAGUAGCGGGAGGAACCUUGAGCAGG